CUUCAACUCCCGCGAUCAUUGUUGAACCAAAUCUCACAACCUCAGUCACCUACGUCCUCACGAAUCAGCGGCCCUAUAGCUCUCCUAUGAUAGCGCUUGCGCUCACUCGAGAAUUGUUACACCUGCGCAAACCAUCACCAACAGCGACGGCUCCGAGCGCCACGACACCUCGACCUUCUCUCCAUCAUGGCCGACACCACAGCGGCCAUCAAGGCCGAAGCCACAGAAGAUAUGCCUGAUCGCCUGGGCACCCCUGAUGAGGAGGACUUGUACGAAGACGCCGGCGACCUUGAGUUCUUCGACGCCAACAGUGCUUCGCAACUGAACCAGAUGUACCUUGCUCGGUUGCCAAAGUAUGUUUGGGAGAAGUGGGAGAAGAUGUUGGAGCGCCUUGGCGAUGACGACGAGAUUCAGAUUGCUACCAUGCGCCUUUGGUACGACAAGAAUGAUGCAAGCCAAGGAACGAAACCUGUCACACGCAUGCUGCUGAACGAUAGAAUACCAGAGCAUCAAGGCAUCCCUCUCGAGUACAAAAUGGACAUCAAGAACAACGACAAAGAGCUCGAGAAUCACUUCCUGUUUAGCGAAGAGGAUCUACCAGGGUUCAAAGCGAAGAACAAGGCGCGCGCUGCGGCGCUGAAGAAAGGCAUACCAGCUCACAUUCUGAACAAGCCCAGAGACGGCGCUGUUGAGAAGCCAGCAUUCGACCGCAGGAAUAGGUAUCAGCCGUUCUACCGCAAAGCCAUCCCCAAAAAGACAAAGAUUGCUGGAAAGUUCAAGUUCGACUGCCGCAUCGAGCCGCUCAACAAGGCUGAGGAGAACAAGAUGAUUAUGCGUCAACUGCACGAACUUGAGAAGCCUAAGAAAGGCAUCAAAGUCAUCAGUGGAAGCGAAGCCGCCACCUUUAGGACUGGCCCAUCGGGUGGCAAUAUGUGGAACAAUAACUUUGUCAAGGGAGCUGUGCCGACGGUCAAGCAGAAGAAGGGCCCCACGAUCAAGGCUGCUCGCCUUCCCAAGAACGAGCUUCUGGACUUGCUGUUCCAGAACUUCAACCAAUACCAGUACCACUCGAUGAAGUCUCUACGACAGAGAACGCAGCAGCCCGAAGCAUGGCUCCGCGAGGUCUUGGAAGAAAUUGCCGUGCUUAUCAAAGCUGGCCCCUUUGCCAACAGGUAUAAACUGAUCGACAGCUAUGCGGAUCGUGGUACAACACAAGGCAACGUGGCGGAGGAAGCCAACGACGAAGACGAGGAAGAGGAAGAAGAAAUGGAGGAUGUGAUACCCUCCUAGGUCGCCUGCUCUGGUGUGGGGUGUUGACGGUGAACUUUGACAACUGGCGUUCAGCGUUUUGCUUUUCUUUGACAAGGAUCGGUUAUUACUCUAGAGCUGUAGUUGAUAACCGGAUCUCUUAGCGAAGUAUUGAUUCUCAGGAGUCCUGUUGUGGCCACUGCAUUGUAAUUAAGCUCCUAUGACGAUGGCUUGGGUCUGUCGUCACCAACAAAGGACAGACUUGCCCCACCAAUCGUAGAC